AUCACAAUUCACAACCACCAAUUCCUUCACUCAAACAAUAAUUGAAUUGAAUGGAGCUUCAGGACAGUGCAUUGAAUAGGGUAUCAAUUGGUUUUCCUCUUGGUUUGGGAUUUCUAUUUGCUUGUUUAAUUUUUGUUUGUGGAUUCUUUUGUUGCUGCUUACAUUGGAAGAAGUUUCAAUCUUUGUUUCAAUCUUCUUCUGGGGGUAUUAAUUCUCAUCAUCAUGCACACACACAACAACAAGCAGAUUCAGCUUACUAUCAAUACAAACUAGAUUUUCCUGUUCCGAUGGUGAAGCAGAACUAUGCAGAGAGUUUGCCAGUGCUAAUGCCAGGGGAUGAGAUCCCAAAAUUCAUAGCCAUGGCUUGCCCAUGUCAGCCUCCAAGAGAAGAAAAGAUCACAAUUCAUGUGCAAAAUGAUGAAGCACAAAGUGAUUUUUGCGGCAGCAAUUAAGUGUCGAAAAUUCGAAUCUUGCUUAGAGAGUAUAGCAAGUUUUAAAACUCCCGGAUAAGAUGUUGGUCCAGAUGUCUACAAACCAGCAAUGGAUUAGUCACUGUACUUGACGACGGGAACCCAAAAUUCAAAGUAAACCCUUUUAAGAAUUCAGGGUAGUUACCAGUUUAUAUAUAUAUAGAGAGAGAGAGAGAUUUAGGAUCUUUUGUUGUCAAUAUAGAAUAGCAGAGAAGCUCUUUUGAUAGAUUUGUUGCCGAAUGUGAGUGAGAUUAUUUAAUCCUCAAAGCUCACUCAAGGUGCGACAAAAAUAAUAAGUAAGUUGGAAGCCCCAUCUUAAAAAUUUUUGUUCUCAAAUUGGGAAGAAAAUGGUUUGAAAUAUCAAUCUUCCUGCCUCUUUUUUCUCUCGUAUUUUUUUUUUCUUUUAAAUCCCUUCUCUCUACAUAGUUUAAGGACAACUUUCUUGCUUCCUUUUUUGUGUAGGGUUAAUUUCUCUCUGUUGUUGGUUGUAAAAUAAUUUUGCCCAUA